AUGGUGCAAGGCAUUUCUGGUUUUAUCAUUCACUUCAUUUUUCCUCCGUUGGAUUCUAAGUCCGAGGAUGGUGAUGGUGUGGACUAUAGCGGACAUUUUUUGACAGACACCGUGUUUUCGAGUUUUGAGGAUGAUGUUCUGUGGGCACAAAAUGUUUGUCGCUCGCUCGGAUUUAUGUUAGUGAAGGCUUCUUACAAGACCGGUCAGAGUGGUCGGCCGUAUCGAUAUGUGAGUUGUGAUCGUGGAAAAAAGAGCAUGAUAAGAGACAUGAUGAACACCAUACGCAAAGACAUGAAAAGCAAGGCAAACAUUUGUCCCUUCAAACUCAAGGUUGAGUAUGUCAGAGUAGUAAGUGGUUGGAAGAUCAGUUGCUUGAACGACGCUCACAAUCAUUCUUUGGCUGUGUAUCCCGUGGGACAUCGACAAAUCAGCGGUCUUAGUCUUGCUGCUAAGCAGGUAGUACGUGACAUGACUCAGGCACAGGUGCCACCUCGGCAUAUCAUGAGAACUCUUGUAGAAAAGUUUCCCGGAGACCAUCUAAACAUCAGGCAUGUCUACAACUGCAGAAGUAAUAUCAGAAUGGAGCGAUUCGAGGGAAGCGAGGUGGUUCACCAGGUGCUUCAUUUGGCUAGACAGAGCAAUUACCUCACUUGGGUUAUGACUGAUACCAACAAUGUGUUGCAACAUGCUUUCAUGGCACACCCGAUCAUGACAAACUUUCUACGCACAUACCCAUACGUGAUAGGUGUGGAUUCCACUUACAAGAUGAACCGAUACGGCAUGCCAUUCUUUGAGAUUGUUGGGGUUACACCGAUAAAUCAAAACUUUCUUGUUGCAUACGCAUUCAUGAGGUCGGAGUCCGAAGAAAGUUAUCGGUGGGUGCUUCAGUGCUUGAGGUUGUUGAUCGGUCAUCGUAGAAAGCCGUCAGUACUACUAACAGAUAGGGAGCUUGGCCUUUGUGCAGCGUUGAAGAGCGUGUUUCCAAACACAAGACACAUGUUGUGUUCUUCAGACACAGUUUGGGCUCAGGUGCACUGCUCGAUUGAGAACCAGAUCAUAGCCAUUCGUAAUGGGUUGGAGGCAUGUAGAGCAACUCAUGGUCAGAAGUACAAGCAGAAGCCUUUGCAUCAGCUCAACGGAAAGGUAUCCCACUAUUGUCUGUCUAUUCUUCUCGGUGAGACGAAUAGGAUGAGAGGGUUGAGUACGAAUGUCCAUCGACGUUGUGGGUGUGCUCUACGUACUACCCACGGGUUACCUUCUGCGUGCCAAAUAUAUGACUUGAUUACUGCAGGGAAGAGGUUGUAUACGAAGAACAUUCAUCCAUAUUGGAGAACCCUUGUCAUUAGAGCGGUUGUCGACAUUCCUGAUAUAGUUGAUGAAAAUGAUGAGGAUCGAGCUUAUUUCCGCACCCUUGUUGAUCGGGUUAUUGCCAGCGACCCUGUGAUGCUUAGGCACGUGUCUCGAGUGAUUGAGGGUACCGGGUUUGACAUACGACAAUGCAGAUACAGCUACGCGAUUCCCAACAUCAUUUGGCCUUACGUUGUUAGUUCAGGACUGCAGAGGGAGGUAGACCAGAUCAGAUGGGAUGGUGAUGCGUGGUGGACAGGAGCAUUGGAUGGUAGCACACCAGGAUUUUUUUGCUAUUGCCACAAUAUGGAAUGUGGUAGUGAUUUGUUAUGGAGUAGGAAAUAG